GGCUUUGCGGUCACGUGCUAGGCAGUUGCUACUUGCUUGGCAUCUGGGACACAAACAGCAGCACUUGGAACAACAAGAAUAAGUACAUGGAGCAGCAACGGCGCCGAAUGACGUUCUCGUGUUGACGACAGGAAAAAAAUCCCAUAGGAUAAAGAGCGUGUUGUGUAGUAUUGGAGGGCAUUUUGACGAAAUGUCUACGGCGGCGGGGGAACUUUAGCCCCGCGGCGAGCCAGGUAUUAGCUAGCCGUGCCGUGAUUUAACGCGAUUAAGCUGGACAGGGUGAGUGUUAACAAACACGUGUCUCCAUGUUCCCCCCUCAUUCCGUCGUUAUUUUCUGCCGUCCAAUGAUCGUGCCAUGAUGCCUCGAACGUGUACGGGUCAUGGUCCCCGCAGGCGUGAUGACGUCUCGAUCACGCCCCCCAGCACCUGAAAUAGUUUUUUUUAAGUAAAGAUCAGGACAAUUCAUGUUUGUUUUUGGCCACGAAUGAUGUCCGUGAAUUCCAGUUUGCAUCUAGUAUGAAUGAAAAAGAAGCCAGCUGGUGAACGGUGACAGGUGGAGUCCCGGCUGGCUGCCGCCUGCUUCCGUUUGGAGAGCCAACAAUGUCGCUGUCGGGGUCCCCCCCUGGUGCGCAGCUGCUCUCAAAACUUGCCAAACAUGCUGCCGGCAGGGCACAUGUGCAGCUCAACCGAUGGCUGCACAGGAGCGGUGGUGGUGACGAGUGCGACAAGAUGGACAUGCUGGCGUGCGGCGGGGACUCCGACGCUGACCCUGAAGUGUCGGGCGGGCUCGGCGGAGAGUCCCGGCACCCAUGUUUGGUCACCCCCUUCUGCCUGAAAAGCGCCCUCCUGGUGUGCAUCCUUACCGGGCUGUGUUUCUCCUCUGUGGCGCUGGUGCGCCAGCACCUGAAGGACCUCCUGCUAUGGGUGGAGGGCCUGGACAGCCUGACGGGGGCGCUGCUCUUUGUGGUGGGCUUCAUCGGCGUGUCCUUCCCAUGCGGCUGGGGCUACAUCGUGCUCAACGUGGCGGCCGGCUACCUGUACGGCUUCGUGCUGGGCAUGGGGCUGGUCAUGGUGGGCGUUCUGAUCGGCACCUUUGUGGCGCACCUGGCGUGCAAGCGGCUGCUGACGGACUGGGUGCUGCACAAGGUGGGCAGCAGCGAGCAGCUGAGCGCCGUCAUCCGCGUGGUGGAGGGGGGCAGCGGACUCAAAGUCGUGGCCUUAGCGAGACUCACCCCCAUCCCCUUUGGACUCCAAAAUGCAGUUUUCUCUAUCACUGACGUGUCCUUGCCAAACUACCUGGUGGCGUCCUCAGUGGGUCUGCUUCCCACCCAGCUCCUCAACUCCUACUUGGGCAGCACGCUGCGCACCAUGGAGGAUGUCAUCGCCGAGCAGAGCGUGAGCGGCUACUUCGUCUUCGGUCUGCAGAUCGUGAUCAGCAUCGGCCUGAUGUUCUACGUGGUGCACCGCGCUCAGGUAGAGCUCAACGCCGCCAUUGCCGCCUGCCAGAUGGAGUUCCGAUCGUCGCACACAAACGGUUUGUCGUCGUCGUCCUCCAACCACGUCGGAUUCACGUACUGCGGCAAACGUUUGGCGGCGGCGGCGGCUAUCGUCAACGUGGUGUGACCUUCCUUGGCUCGCCGCUGGCACGGACAAAUACCGUUGGACUUCGCACCCGGAGGAAGAAAUGCGCGGUAGGUUUUUUCUUGUUCUAAGGGGGGGGGGGAUUAACGAAGAAGGGACCUCAAGAGAUGUCAACGAAAUAACACUUUGAAUGUCAACUUGAUUUGUUUUUAAGUGUCAAAACAAAUGGCCACCUAUGCACCUUCUUUCCUACGUCGUCAGGCUCGCUUUGUGUCGUCAACUGAAAACAAAACGUAAUCACGAGAGCAGUAUUUUACAUAAUCAUAAUAAUAAUAAUAAUAAUAAGGGCAUUGUUCAUAUUUUGUGACUUUGUAGUUGAGUGCUUUUGAGUUAAGUGUCUUACUUUUGGGACGGCGACUCUUGGUUGAGACAGAAAACUCAGGAAUGUUGGAAAUGUGCAAAAAGAAACCUUUCCAGUAAAUUUUUUUUGAACAUUUAAAAAAAACGGUUCAUUUUAACGUCUAAGAUGAGAUUCCUUUCCUUUUUUAAAGAGUGCAGUUCAUUCCAGAAUGUUGGUGGGAAUGUCGGUAACUCGGCUAAAGGGAAAAAAAAGUUUUGGUUUUUUU